GUUUUUACCGUUUUGGGAUUUCUUUAGGAGAAGAGAAAGCAGAACCAAAAAGGCUUAGAAAAUGGGAUCCUUGAAUGGGAACAACCAUUCGGGCGUUGCCUUUACUCGUCAAAAGCCUGAGGCUGCAUCUCAUCUCCAGGAAGGAAUCACAUUGCUUCUUUCCCGAUGGCAUGGCCUUCAAAUGGCUGUCCAAAACCAAUGGGGUGGCCAUGAUUCCUUCCAGAAAUCCCAACAGCUUGCCGCUGAUAUCUUCUUUUGGCUCUCUCAAUCCAAAGCACUUCAGAUAGAAGAUUUAGAAAAUUUGCUUCAUGAAAGCAUGCUAUUAUCUUUAAAUACAGAGAUUGAGGAUGGGAGCAUUGAGGAGGUAGCAGAACAGUUGAUGAUUUUGCAUGAAGAAUACCUGCACGGAAAUAGUUAGAUAAUUAAGAAAUCUCUAAGAAGAGUCUGGCCCAGAUGCUUGAUCCACAUUACAGACAGGUGACAGCAGUUACUGCCAUGGAAUAUUAACAUUCCUCUCUUCAUUCACUAACUCGCAUGAUCUGGAACAAUUCCUUCUUUUCAAGCAUGCUUUUUCCACCCUCAACAAUGCCUAUUCUUUUUCCUUAGAAGUCCUAAACAUCUUUAACUUCAAGAAGAUUAGUUAAAAAUUACAAAUAGAAGAUGAAACAACUAAUUCGCAGAAAGAAAUUAAUCGUGUCUGGCUGAUGAGUGAAUUACACUACACCAUUUUAAACAGGUAGGAUGGAUGGUAUUCAACAUAGACAUGGAGCUCUGGUAAGAAAUUAAACAUAUAUAUUUAUUGAGUGAAUGCUCAACAGACCAGAUCAAUAAAGGACACGAGUGAGUAGUUCACAUAGGGGAAAAGAGUUCAAUUCCGGAAUGAAUUCAGAGUGCCAAAAACAUGCUUUUCUGCUGAUUGGCACCUGAUUACAUUUCCACCCCAUGUUUCUUGUCCUCCAAUAUAUGCAACUGUUAACGUAAGCCUUAUGUAUAUUUACUGUUGUCAAGAUUACAAUGAACGAUUAGAUUUUGGUUACAGGGUUGU